UUCGACGCGAGUCAUGUCAAUGGCACUUGCCUCAGUGACUUGCACUCUCACCUUUCACGCAGAGCUUAGCAGAUUCGUUCUUCCAACAUGCCUGGACGACUUCGUAAAGUCUCGCCGCUGAAGAAGCCCGAUCGGGCGUACUAUGCAUUGGGUCUUGAAGGAUCUGCCAAUAAACUGGGUGCUGGUGUAAUAAAACACGAUGCGGACGGCUCGUCUGUUGUGCUAUCCAAUAUACGCCAUACACAUAUGACACCCCCGGGGGAGGGGUUCCUUCCGAGGGAGACAGCCCAGCACCAUCGACAAUGGGCACUGACAGUGAUCGAAGAUGCGGUCAAGCAGGCCGGUAUCUCUAUGCAUGACAUAGAUUGCAUAUGUUAUACCAAAGGUCCUGGGAUGGGAGCUCCCCUAGUCUCCGUCGCUCUCGUCGCCCGCACGCUUUCCCUACUAUAUGACAAGCCUUUAGUGGGGGUAAACCACUGCGUAGGCCAUAUUGAAAUGGGGCGGGUCGUCACCGGUGCACAGAAUCCCGUCGUCCUCUAUGUCUCCGGCGGCAACUCGCAAGUGAUCGCGUAUUCUAAGCAGCGAUAUCGCAUAUUCGGAGAGACACUGGAUAUCGCGGUGGGGAACUGUCUAGACCGAUUCGCAAGGGUCAUCAACUUGAGCAAUGACCCCUUUCCUGGGUAUAACAUCGAACAAGAAGCAAAGAAGGGGAAACGCCUCCUACCGCUGCCAUACACUACGAAAGGAAUGGACGUGAGCCUCUCAGGGAUCUUGACUGCAGCAGAGGCGUAUACACAAGACAAGCGAUACCGCCCGGACGCUCAGAGUACUCUCGAUGAAGAUAUCAUCACUCCCGCCGACCUCUGCUUCUCGUUGCAAGAAACAGUUUUUGCUAUGCUUGUAGAAAUAACUGAACGUGCCAUGGCGCACAUCGGUAGCAGGGAGGUUCUAAUUGUAGGCGGUGUCGGUAGCAAUGAACGCUUGCAGCAGAUGAUGGGCAUAAUGGCAUCUGAGCGAGGGGGCAAGGUGUUCGCUACGGAUGAACGGUUCUGCAUUGACAAUGGUAUCAUGAUCGCGCAGGCUGGCCUUUUGAGUUUCAGGAUGGGACUUACGACGCCCAUUUCAAAGAGUACUUGCACACAACGGUUCCGGACUGACGAGGUAUACGUUGCCUGGCGAGCAUAAGAUGAACAGAAUUUCGUAUUAUUAUCUAAGAUGUAUUAUUAUCCUGUAUCGUGUAUGCAAUGUUAACCCAUACUAUACGAUCG